AUGGUAUCAGCCGGUGGAGCAACGCGCGACCAGCUCUACUCCAUCAUCAUCGCUAUUCGACCCGACUCCAGCGAAGACCUCACAUCGGGAACUGCAGACUGGCGCUCAGGCGAUAUCGAGGUCGACUGGGUCGACUUUACGCGCGAGAAGAGCUCGGACAUGGGGGACCCAUCUCAGUCCGCUUCGGCCUUCAGGCCCAGCUCGGCAGCUCGGCGGAAGAAUGGCGUCUCAGGUCGGAGCGUGCCCGGGUCGGCCUCGGCUGGGUCGAGCGAGACUGAGAAGCCCUCGGCGAAGAAGCGACCGAGCCCGGAUGACCUCUCGCUUCAGCCCCUCCUCGCUCACUUUCCCGGUCCAAAUCCGCUCGACUCGUCGGUCGCUCAGGGCGUGACCCAGGUCGGACGGGGCGUGGUGCACUUGUUUCGACACCCACCGCCGUCGAACCUGAUCGCGUCGCUGGAUGCGCACCCGGUGGGCGAGUCAAGCCGGAUGGCAUCAAAGGAAGGAGGAGAAUGGGCGGGUGACAAAGCAGAAGGGGAAGAUGGGAGUCUGAUUGCUAUACUGGCGGUUCCGGCGUGGAUGCGUCCGGCGGACUUUCUCGAGUUUAUAGGUGGAUGGGGAACAUGCCUGGAGGGUGUUCGUAUGAUCAGAGAAGCUACUACUCCGAAUCGCUCUAUCGUUCUGCUCAAGUUUCGAGACCCACUCCAGGCAUCGGACUUCCUCGUCAUCUUCACCGGCCGCGCCUUCUCCACGCUGGACGCGCGCGAGACUUGCCAUCCAAUCCGGAUCCACCACCUCGUACUCCACCGCAUAGAGCAGUCUCCUUCCUCCCGCACACAAAAGGCAUCCACUCCUACCGCUAUACCGGCCUUCCCUCCUUCGGUCUACUCCUCGCGCGCAAAAGAGCUCUCUGGCUUGCUCACCGGUAUUCCCUCUCCGGACCGGACGGAACUCCCUUCCUGCCCAGUCUGCCUCGAGCGCCUAGACUCCACAGUCACCGGACUUGUCACUCUUCCCUGUGCUCACACAUUCGACUGCGACUGUCUUCGCAAAUGGGGCGACUCGAGAUGUCCCGUCUGCCGGGUGUCCCAUCUACUUCUCUCUUCGGGUCAACAGCAACAGCAGGCGAGACCAGGUGGGCCGAACGUGCGGGAUGAGAUUCUGCGGAUGACCAAAUGCGCAAUGUGCGAUAGCACAACGCAUAACUGGAUCUGCGUGGUAUGUGGCGUGGUAGGCUGUGGGCGGUAUGAGCCGGGAAAGGGGCAUGCGAGGCGGCACUGGGAAGAGAGUGGUCAUGUGCUGGCGAUGGAACUGGAAACGCAACGGGUAUGGGAUUACAAGGGGGAUAACUAUGUCCAUCGUCUAAUUCAGACCCGGACGGACGGCAAGCUCGUCGAACUCCCAUCAGCAUCAUCGCUCGUAACCGCCCUUUCUCGACCACUACCUUUCGCUUCUGCCUCUCGACCCCUCCCUGCCAAUCCCACCUCAACUCCACCUGACGACCAAGCCGGACCAUCCUCCACCGACGCAGAAAAGAUGUCUACCAUCGAAGCCAUCACACUGGAAUACUCCUACCUCCUCUCCUCGCAGCUCGAAGCCAUGCGCCAGCACUACGAGUCCCAAGCCAUUUCACACGCUCCGGCAGCUGCGGACCUCGACACCCUCCGCAUCCAGGCCGAAUCGGCCGCUGCGGCAUUACGGGAAGCGGAGGCUGCGCGGGAAAAGGCAGAGAAGAAGGCUAGCAAAGCUGCUACUCUUGCUCGAGAUCUGGCGAGGAAUCUCGAGGCGGAGAAGGCGAUGAGUGAGGGGUUGGCGCAGAGGGUCAAGAGGCUGAGCGAGGAGGUCGAGGUGGAGGGCAAGCUCAGGGGUCAGAAGGAGGAGGAAGUGAAGGGUCUGGAGGAGACGGUUAGGGAUUUGAUGUUUAGUUUGGAGGCUGGUUUGAAGAUACAGGAAGCGGGCGGGGCGGAUGCGGGAGAAGGCGGAGAUUUGGUCGUAUUACCAGGUUCGGCCAAGGGGAAGAAGAAGAAGAAGUGA